CGUGUCACUGUCCAGGACCAAAGACAACGAUACGAGCCAUUCAUUUGGCUUCGACGCUUCCUUCGCCUGGUACUUCUCACUGUCACUCAAUCACUCGCUUUCUGGCUCAACGACAACUCAAAACAUCCUCAUCAUGCCCGGACAACGACCAAAGCUUGGUAAGCUGGCAACGCCAGUCUCGGCCACAUUCCCAUCCGAGAUCACCUCUGCUGCCACGGCUACACCUAUCUCUGCCGUGGCCUUCCCCGUCAAGCCGGAUCCUGACUACAUCAAGACUCCCAUCAGUCCUCCCAUGGCCUAUACCGACUUUCUCUCCAAGGCCAUGUCUCUCAACUCACCACUUCCGCCUACUGGUGACUCCACACCCGAGUCUGCAUCCAUGCCGGGGACGGCGAGCAGCGAGCAGUCGUCGUGCUCAUGCAAGGUGGAAGAGUCAUCACCCCCAACCAGUGUCGACGGUGACAAGCCGUCCCCUCCUGCCACUGCUCCCAUUGUGCCGCCGAGUCCCUUUUGCCCCUCAGCGGCACCAAUGUCGGCCCCUCCUACGGGACCUGCAACCUUCCCUAGCCUGCGAGUCCCCCAAAGUCCUUCGGUUGCCAACCUGGACUCGCCAGUCCGUUCGCCCUAUAGUGCACGGUCAAUUCACUCCGCGUUUGACUGGGACGCGGCUCUCAAGGCCCGCACGCAGUCUCUGAAGAAGCAGCCUUCCCGGACCAGUGUACGGCACCUCAGGGAGGUGGUGACCAGGACCGUCACCUACACUCCACGAAUGGAUCCAGCACCCAAAGGCAAGAGGCGCAAGGUCGAAUGAGACCGUUACCUUACCCUCAUUAAUGAACAUUGCAUUGGAUCUCCCUUCACGAUCGACACUCACUUACAACGGGAUCAAACUGUCGCGCCUUUCACAUCGACAAUUGGACCUUUUUUCUACAUGUCAGCAUCACCAAUGAUGCUUCCCAAGAUAAAUCAUGUAUCUAUUCCCGGGAACACUUUACGACUUCAUGCACAUCUGGCCAUAACUCGGGCCAAACAUAACGGCGCACCAUCAGGAGGGUUUUGACACUUCAGAUACAUAUACCUUGGUGCCAAAAAGGGAAUUGGCGAGCAGGAUCU